CUUUUUUUUCUAGAAAACGAGAUAAAGAAUACUUUUUUUCUUUUUCAGUGGUCAACAGUAAACAGCCAAACCCUAACAACAAUGGUCGCUCUCACUAAUCACGCUCAACCCAAUGCCCAAAUCCGCUGCGGUCCUCAGGUUUUCAUCAGUUUCCGUGGAGAUGACGUGCGCAAUGACUUGGUAAAAGAUCUCGUGAAUAACUUGAAAUCUAAACGGAUUAAUGUCUUCAUAGAUACCUUCUUGCCAGGAGGGCGGGGAUUACAAGAGCUCUUCUCUAAGAUCGACAUGUCGAAAAUUGCAAUCGUGAUCUUAUCCAAGAAGUACCCAGACUCUUGUUGGUGCAUGGAAGAGCUUGUGAAGAUUGACAAGCGAAUGAAAGAAGGCAAACUCAUCGUGAUCCCAGUCUUCUACAAGGUGACCACGAGCGACGUAAAAAACCUUAGAGGAGAUUUCGGAAAAAGUUUCGAUAAACUGAAGAAAUGUCACGCAAUGGGAGAACCGAGGAAGGUUAAGCAAUGGGAAUCUUCCGUGAAGUCAAUUGCAAACAUAAAGGGCUUACCCGGCAGAACUGUCCCUCCUCUUGUCGGCCAGAUUGUUCAUGCUGUUGAAGUAUGUCUAAACGAAAUGCCAGCAAAAGACGUCAAGGCUGUAUUUACAGUAAUUUGGUUGGGUGUCUAUCUUGUAGUGUCUUUCCUCAGCUUUCUUUCAUACAUGAUUUUUAAUGAUUUAAAACCUUUCAAAAGUGGCAAAUGGAUGCUUGGUUAUCCAACAAUGGCUGCUAUCCUACUCAGUAUUGUGUAUUGUAUUGAUUAGUACACUUGUGUGUUGUGCAAUGUUAACUACUUGAACCUCUCUCUGUCCAAAAUCCAAAGACCUCUUGGUAGUCCUGUAAGUCUUUGCUUCUUCAUUUGGAAUCAUCUUUUUUGUUUCAGUUUCCUUUGUAGUCAGCUUUAAAAAGGUUUGCUAUUGUAUCAGAAUGUAUGAUACCAUUGGUGUGAAUGUGAGCAUGCAUAUUUGAGCACAAUUUUUGGCAUCUCUUGCUUACUUGCUUAAUUCUGUAACUCCCCGACCACCACCUCUCAGUGGGGCCAUGUCCAGUCCCAGUCCAUGAUCUCUCCAUCCUUAAUGGGCCUCACGUCCUCUCACUAGACCCGUGAACCCAACAAUAUCCAAAGACCGGUUUGCAACGUCUGGGAAGUUUUAAAUACUUGUUAUCGUCCCUACAAAUCACCACAUGAUCUUUCCCUGUGUUUUGUCCUCACUCGCACAGUUCCGACACUCCAGCUUAAGCACGCUUAACAUUUCACGAAAAACCUUAGUUGCAUCGACCAACGCCUCUACAUGGCAUCGAUCGAUGUUCCUAGGUAAAAUCACGCCGUCCUCGCAUUGCAUCGAUCGACGCACAAAGUGCAUCCACCGAUGCACAUGCCGAGCAUCGUUUUCCCCGAAGCUUCUCGCUGGAUCUUCGUUCCUACAAACGUCAAACUCGAUUCCAAGCCACAAGAAGGCUUCAUAAGCCCCUAAUAACGUUUUAACAAGCCAAACAACACAGAAACAAGUAGAUCAGAGAAAUCUCAAGCUUAGAUAAGCCAUGGUCAUGCACUCACCUUUGUCAAGAAGAUUUUGA